AUGACUGUUCGAGAAGCAGGUGCUUCGAUCAAAGCUACUAUGGGUACACAUAGAGGACAAUUACUUAAAGAAGUGAUAGAAGCGAACUGA